UUUCCCAAAUUAAAGACUGUAAAUAAACUCUCUCUGCACAUUUCUCCCGUCAUGCAUCCAUCAUCCAUCAGUCCAGGAGGCUUCCCUCUCUCCUCUCCUCUUCUCUCUCCUCUCCCCUCCUCCCCUCCCUCCUCCUCCUCUCCAGCCACUGUUGACGUCCAUGGCUCUGUCACCCGCAUCACCGGUUUCCACGCUGUUCUGUGGUCCAGUCAUGUAGUCAUUAUGGCUCUCCUUAUUCCCUCUGUAUCCACGUCCUGUCCCUGUUUGUCUUCUCACGGCUCUUCUGCGCUUUCCCUCUCACUUCUCUUGUAGUUAAUCAGUCGUCGUUUCUGUCGGAAACUCUUUGUUUUUGCGCUUUUCUGACGCUUCCAGGAGUUCCGUGCGUCCGAGCGCCUCUCCAGCUUCAGCUCCCUCCUCUGGCUGCUCCACCUGGACCCGUUCAUCUCCCCAUUCACUCACCCGUGCGGUCAUUUAAUCAACGUCGGGAGUCCUAAUUGUUUCCUGGCAGCGUUGGAGACCACCGGGGAAAAGGCUCAUAUGAGUGCGCCUCCGCUGAUCCGUGCGCCCAGCCCGCUCCCGUUCUCAGGGGGGACAAACAACACCAACACCGGCACCGGGGGAGGAGGAGGAGGAGGAGGAGGUGGUGGUGGUGGUGGUGGAGGGGGAGGAGGUGGCGAUGUGAUCUCCUUCCACAUCCAGAUCGGUCUGAGCCGGGAGCCGGUGCUGCUGGACGCCGCAGAGCUCAGCCUCAGUCAGGUCCGGGAGGUGGCGUGCUCCAUCGUGGACCAGAAGGUAACUGAGAGAGUGGACCCAGUCCUCAUCAGGCACUUUGUAACUCCUGCACAAGUUUUAAUGGUGUGCCAAAAGUUUAAGUUUAAAAAGUUAAAGUGCUGCAAGCGUUUUGUUUUAAAUAUUGAUACAUCAAAGGCCGAAUCAAUAUGUGUAUUUAUAUUUUACAGUAAAACUAAAGGCAAAUUCCAACUUUAA